AUGAGCACCCUACUUGUGGACCCGAAGGAGAGUUCAGGAAGCACCUGGCCUGAAGACUUCAUCCCCCUGGGGCCUGGGGAAUCUGCCAGGGAGGUGGCAUUGAAGAAGAUUCGGGAGCUCUCUGAUUCGGACCACCGAGAUCCCUUCAUGGUGGCUGACCUGGGUGUGUUGGUGAGCCGCCAUCGGGCCUUCUGCCAGGCCCUGCCAAGGGUCUCGCCCUUCUAUGCGGUGAAGUGUAACAACAGCCCUUGGGUGCUGCGAGUCCUGGCCUCCCUGGGCAUUGGCUUUGACUGUGCCAGCCAGGGGGAGCUGGAGCAGAUCCUGGGCCUGGGCGUGGCCCCCUCACGCAUCAUCUACACCCACCCCUGCAAGCCUGCCUCAUACCUCCAGUAUGCUGCCCGCCAUGGGGUGCAGCUCCUGACCUUCGACUGUGAGGUGGAGCUGCCCAAGGUGGCCCAGCACCACCCCGGGGCCAGGCUGGUCCUCAGGCUAUGGACUGAUGACAGCAUGAGCGUGUAUCCUCUGAGCGCCAAGUUUGGGGCCCGCCUGGAGGUGUGCGGACAUUUGCUCAAGUCUGCCCGAGACCUAGGCUUGGCUGUGGUCGGAGUCAGCUUCCAUGUGGGCUCGGGCUGCCAGAAUCCCCAGAGCUUCGCACAGGCCAUUGCUGACUGCCGGCGCGUGUUCGAGAUGGGCCGUGGGGUCGGGCACGACAUGAGCCUGCUGGAUAUCGGAGGGGGCUUCCCCGGCGUGGAGGGCUCCGAGCCUGAGUUUGAGGAGAUGGCGAGAGUGAUCAACGCAGCCCUAGCCCAGGACUUCCCCGAGGGAACUGGCAUUAAAGUCAUUGCGGAGCCCGGCCGCUUCUACGCGGAAUCAGUGUACAUAGCUGCUGUCAACAUCAUGGCCAAGAAAGCUGUGCUGGAGCCUGGUGGCCAGCGGAAACUGUUGUACUAUCUCAACGAGGGCCACUACGGCAACUUUCGUGUGUUCCUCAGGGAUUUUGUCCCUAGGAUUCCAAUUUUGGUGAAGGAGUUCUGCUCGAAGCCGCCCCUCUUCCCCUGCGUCCUUUAUGGCCCCACGUGCGAUGCCUUUGACAAGCUCUUUGAGGAGGAGGUGCAGCUGCCCGAGCUGGACGUGGGUGACUGGCUCAUCUUCCCCUCCAUGGGAGCCUACACUUUGGUCAUGAGCUCCACCUUCAAUGGCUUCCCGCUCACCUCCAUCUACUACACCAUGAGACCCGAGCUCAGGAGCCUCCUGGAGACAGCGCCUUAA